AUGGGGCGCGUGGUAAUUGCGCUGGCCGCCCUCCUGGCGCUGGCCAUUGGCCACACAUGUGGCGCCGCUACAAAUGAGCUGCGCGUGUCGGACGCGUGCCAGUGGGACGGCUUUGAAUCUGCUGUGCAGCGCUUCUCGCGCAUCAUCCAGUUCAAGACCGUGAGUGAUGUCACCGCCCCCAACCAUGUGCGCGACGCCGCCGAGUUUGGCCGCAUGGACGAGUUCCUGCGGGGCGCCUUCCCCCGCGUGUUCCAGCAGCUCAAAGUCGAGAAGGUCGGCUGUGACAGCCUGAGCUACCUCAUCACCUGGCAGGGCUCCCAGCCCGACCUCAGGCCCGUGCUCUUCAUCAGCCACCUGGACGUGGUGCCGGUGGCAGAGGCCAGCGAGAAGGUGGGGGGUCAGGGGCAGGGCACAGCGCGGUGGACGGUGCACAGGCAGGCCCGGGCGGCGGGGGCCCGCACAUGA